AUGCAGGUGGCAAGGAAGAACAUAGCAAAGGAGGCCUGGGACUGUCUCAAGACAAGGUUCAUCGGUGCAGAUCGUUUCAAGAACGCGCGACUUCUAACGUUGAAGAGCGACUUCAAAGCCAUGCGCAUGCAGGAGGGAGAGAGACUGGACCAGUACACCGGAAGGCUCAAUAGCAUGUCCGUUAGGUACGCAAACCUAGGGGAGACGCUCGACGACGCUGCAUUGGUGAAAAAGCUGUUUGACACCAUGCCAGAUCGAUUCCUGAAUGUGAUCGCUAGGAUCGAGCAGUUCUACGACCUCGACAAGAUGUCGUUCGAGGAAGCCGCCGAGUGGCAGGCAAGGCUGAAGAAGGAUGGUGGCAACUCUUCAUCAAGCAAUAAGGGCAAAUCCCACCUUGCUGCAGAUAGCAGCAACCACGGCCAGGGUGGUCGUGGACGUGGUAAAAGCCAUGGAAGAGGUGGUCGCGGCGGGAUGUCGCGCAAUGACGAGGAGAGCGGCUCGAGCGGCAGUCGUCGCAACAAGAGCCACAUCAAGUGCUACGACUGCUACAAGAUGGGGCACUACGCGAACGAGUGCAAGACACUGAAGAAGAAGGAAGAGGAGACACAUCUCACUCGUGUCAAUGACACCGAGCCAGCCUUGCUACUCGUGGUGUCAGAAGAGCCAGCACAAGAACAGCAGCACCAGCGGGGAGCUGUGCUACUGAAUGAGGAGAAGUUGAAGCCGGAACUACGCGACACAACGGAGGGAGGCUCCAGCUCUAAGGUCUGGUACCUGAACAAUGGGGCCAGUAAUUACAUGACCGGCGAAAAAGAGAAGUUCAGAGAGCUAGACGAAGGUGUCACUAGCAAUGUGAAGUUCGGGGAUGGCUCCACGGUGUAG